CAAGCAUACAUCUGCAUUGAGUUAUUAAGUGAGGAUCCCUGCUCUGCCAGAAGGCGUAGUCGCCGUCGUCAGGAUGGCUAUCUUGACUAAACGUGCUUGAGAUAGUAAGAUUUCUGUGAAGAUAACCAUCUGCAGCUCACGAUCCAUUUUGAUCAUAAUAGAUACCUGCAGUGACAGGAGUGCAAAACCGAGCCCUGGUGGUGGAAGUGCUUCGUUGUCUAGAACUCGAGCUUCUCGUGUUGGCCCCUUACAUGGACCUUGCUUGCUUCUAAAAAUGUGUCCAUCUGUUAGAAGCGAGCUAAACACUAGAAAUUUGGUGUAUUCUUCACCAGAAGCAACAGGUCAUGUCAGCAGAAGAACAGCAUCGGCUGCAGAUCACACUCCAGCCCAUUUCAGAACGCCACUUAGAAGAGCUGAAAGCCCUGAACGGCGUCAUCUUCCCCAUAAAAUAUCAGGAGAAGCUCUACCGGGAGUGCUUGCUUUUCCAAGGCCUCACACAAGGAGCGUUUUAUGACAACUCGCUAAUUGGGGCUGUGGCGGUGCGACUGGAGCAGCAGCAGGAUGGCACAGCCAGGCUUUAUUUAAUCACCCUUGGAGUGCUGGCGCCCUAUCGCAGCUGCGGCAUAGGCUCUCAGCUGCUGCAGCGGACACUGGAGGCUGCAAGGGAGGACCCCAACAUAGUGGAUGCAUACUUGCAUGUGCAAACCAGCAAUGAGGAGGCAAUCCGAUUCUAUCAGAGAGCAGGGUUUGAGAUUGCAGAGACCCUGCUGGGGUACUAUAGGAAGAACAGGCUGAACCCGCCAGACGCGUACAUCCUCAGAAAACGCCUUGCCAGCUGA